GACUUUUCCCGGCUCUCUCCGUCGCCUCGGUGCGCCGGUACCGAACCUGGUGUUCCGGUUUCCGGUCUCGAGGAGGAGGAGGAGGAGGAGCAGGAGCAGCUUAGAGAGAGAGAGAGAGAGAGAGAGAGAGAGAGAAGUGGUGCGGUAGAGAGAGAAUGAGAGUUUGAUUCGCGGCGGACUCCGUUCGACAUUGUCUCUCCGGCGCCGCCGUCCUCGGAGCAGGUCAGGUCCAGUUCUGCUCGGCUGUUUGAUCUCGUCGAAGUCGAAGUCGAAGCCGAUUUGGAGAUUUCCAUGUUCGUCUCAAUUGCGGUUCACUUCUGUUUUCGGCUCCUUCGGUCACUGGAGUUGAAGAUGGAAUGACGCGAUAUCUGCAGUUCCUUUCCGUUUCACGAUUCCAGAACCGAGAAUUCCAGCGUACCGUUUGAAGUCGGCGGGCGCUGCUCGUGGCCGAGUUCAUUCUGGCUCUGAAGCUCUUGACUGAACUCGGUUGUCGGCGAUCUUGCCCGAGCACGACGGCGCGACUUGCGGGAGGAGCUCGAUUUUUGUGGAGUAAGGCGCUUCUUCUGGAUUUCUUUCGUUUGAAGUGCGUAGUGUCGCCGAAACGUUUGUGCGUUGACCUUAGUGUUAAGUAGAUCUUUAUGCUGUAUGGAAAUAGCAAGUAGUGAUGGCGGCACCGGCUUUAGUAAUUCUUCGGUCCAACUCCGCAAAUGUUACAAAGUUAGUAGCCUUACUGAGACGAUCUUGGGAUCGAGUCAAGUUGCUUGUCUGAAAGACCGGUAUGUUCUCGAAGAACAGUUAGGGUGGGGGCAAUUCGGCGUUAUCAGGGCGUGUUCUGAUAGGUUGACUGGUGAGGUUCUGGCUUGCAAAUCCAUCGCCAAAGAUAGAUUGGUCAGGCCGGAUGACCUGCAAAGCGUGAAGCUGGAGAUUGAGAUCAUGAACAGGUUAUCCGGGCACCCGAAUGUUGUAAAUCUCAAGGCGGUCUAUGAGGAGGAAGACUGUGUGCAUUUGUUGAUGGAAUUAUGCGUAGGAGGGGAGCUUUUUCAUCGGCUUGAGAAACACGGGAGCUUCUCCGAGAAGGAGGCUCGUGUUCUUUUUAAGCAGUUGAUGCAAGUGAUUGAGUAUUGUCAUGAUAAUGGCAUCGUCCAUAGAGAUCUGAAGCCAGAGAACAUCCUAUUGGUUUCAACAUCCUCAUCUUCUCCUAUUAAAUUAGCAGAUUUUGGCCUUGCAACCUAUAUUCGGCCGGGGCAGAGAUUGCAUGGCACUGUUGGUAGUCCAUUUUACAUAGCUCCAGAGGUGCUUGUGGGAGGUUAUAGUCAGGCUGCUGAUGUGUGGAGCGCUGGUGUUAUCUUGUACAUAUUACUUAGUGGUGUGCCCCCAUUCUGGGGAAAGACUAGGUCAAAAAUAUUCGAGGCUGUUAGAGCAGCAAAUUUGCGGUUUCCUGCCAGUCAUUGGGAAGGCAUAUCUUCGUUGGCAAAGGAUUUGAUUGCCGGAAUGCUUCAAUUAGAUCCGACCAAGAGACUCACAGCAGCAGAGGUUAUAGAUCAUCCCUGGAUGGAACUCUGUGAACAAGGCGUUCAAGAACCGAGCGCACGAGGGAAUCUGGGUCGGGAAAUGCUGGAAGUGGGUGGAAGUUCUUUUUCUACACCAUUUAUCGCUAGAGUUCAGGAUUAUAGCUUCAGCUAUGAAUCACAUGCCGUUGGUGCAAAUUCCAUGGAGCAAUCACCUGCAUUCACGUGCAAGUCAUCUUUCUCUUCUUACCUAGUCAGUGAUGAAUGUUCCACAUCUUCAAUUGAGGGGUUUUCUUUCACUAGUGCCUCUAAAUCAAGUCCUUCAGGCCCAGGGUUCCCUUCAAGUGUUCCAUCAAUGCCAAGUUUUACUUUCUUUGGGCUCGGUCUCGGUCUCGGUCCUGCUGCUGAACAACGGAAUGAUCUGUUGGAAUGUCAAACCAACAUGUCAAUUACUACCGUGAGCAAUGGAGAAUCAGGCUUUGCCAAACCAUUAAUACUGCCGGAUUCUUCCGUUUUGGGUAAACAUGAUGUAGAAGCGGAGCAGAGGUUGGAAACUCGGAGAGCUGGGACUGGUGGAUCCAGGGCACUAGGAAAACACAGUAAAAGGAAUCACACAAUAGGGUUUGGCGAGCAUGAUCAAAUUGAUUUUGUGGUGGCUGAAUCAGUCAUUCGCUGGGCAUCUUGCACGCACAUUCCAACUAUUCCCUCUCUUAGAUUAUCGCUCGUUUGCUAGCAGACCCGAACUACGUAGUAAUGGUGACACGCAAGAGAGCAGUCGUGUGUGCUGGCAUUUGGUGACACAAAAUGAGACACCGUCGAGCUUGACGGCGACCUCGCUUCAACCUGAGGAGUCCGAGAUUUUUUUCGGUUUGAGUGGGGAAGUUUGGAUAACCAUGUUUGGCUAGAUUGUGCUUUAUGCCUAUUUGGCAUUUGAGUGAUGGUAGAAGUUCACUUGGAUGAUAUGUAGAUUGUAGUUACUAAUGAAGAAGUUUGAGUGGAUACGCGGACUCUUGAAGUGCUUAUGUAAGUCUGUAUAAUUACAUUAGAUGGCUUUCUCUAACUGUGUACCUAGGUGAUAAAUUGAAGAGUCCUUUUGAACUCUUUUUGGCUCAGAGCUUGAUAGUGAGAUCUCAAGUUAUGUGAAACUUUGAUAGAUUGGUCGGCA